AUGCCAAUGGACAGGGUAGCUGGUUCGAGAACUGGCGUCUAUGUUGGAUGUAUGACGAGUGACUACGAAGAUAUGUCCACUCAUGAUAUUUACGACCUGGCACAUAAUGCCGCAGCUGGUGUUAGCGAAGCCAUGACUGCCAACCGCGUCUCGUGGUUCUUCGACUUCCGUGGGCCCAGUCUCACCAUUGAUACGGCAUGCUCAUCGAGUCUGUACGCACUGCACCUAGCGUGCCAGUCCUUGCAACUAGGUGUAAACCUCAUCUUGUACCCUAAUGCGAUGAGCCAGCUAACGGCUAUGCAUAUGCUUAGCCCCGAAGGAAUUUCUCAUUCGUUUGACCACCGAGCUAAUGGGUAUGGUCGGGGCGAGGGGACAGGAAUCAUCAUUCUCAAACGUCUCUCUGAUGCGCUUCGAGAUGGGGAUGUAAUUCGUGCCGUUAUCCGGAGUUCGGCUACCAACGUUGACGGGCGAACGCCGAGUGUCACGAUGCCCAGCUCAGAAGCCCAAGAAGAUUUGAUCCGCACAGCUUAUAAGCGAGCCGGGCUUCCGAUCAGCGAGACAUCCUAUGUUGAGCUUCAUGGUACCGGUACGCCGGUAGGAGACCCCAUUGAACUGUCCGCCAUUGCAGCAACAUUUAGCGCUUCUCGGAGCUUGGGUAAGCCCGUCUACGUGGGAAGUAUCAAGCCAAAUAUCGGCCACACAGAAGGUUGUGCAGGCAUUGCCGGUGUGCUGCGUGCCAUCGCGUCCUUGGAAAAGGGGGAGAUUCUUCCCACAGCUGAGAUUGAAAAGGUCAAUCCACGGCUUACACUUUCUGACUGGAAUCUGGCCUUGCCCUCGAAAGUCUUGCCAUGGCCUGUCGUGGGAACUCGUCGCAUUAGUGUCAACAGCUUUGGCUUCGGCGGAGCCAAUGCACAUGUUAUCAUGGACGAUGCAUAUCAUUACCUGAAGGAACACGACCUCGCCGGAUUUCAUGCCACUACACUUCCAAAAGUAGAUGAGCUUGAAGAGGCAAAUGGCCACGCCAGUAAGGUGGCGGCCAAGAAGCUCCUGGUUGUCAGCUCUCGAGAUCAACAGGGACUUCAGCGAAUCGCGAAACAGUAUAGAAGCUUGAGUAAACAUCAGCCUUCUGUCGCAAUUUCCGACCUGGCCCAUACUCUCUCUGAUAAACGCACGUUCUUCGAUUACCGAUCUUUCGUCGCAGCGGGCACAUUGGAGGAACUUUCUCUCCGACUGGAGCGGCCACUGCCAAUAUUUCGACGCCCUACCAAGUUAAAUGGUAUUGUGUUUGCCUUUACGGGUCAAGGUGCCCAGUGGGCUGGUAUGGGUAAAGAACUCAUUGCCUUCCCUGUCUUUGCAGAAAGUAUCAAAAAGAGCGGAGCUUGUUUGACCUCCCUGGGCUGCUUGUUCGAUCUUAGGCAUGAACUACAAAACAUAUACGAUAGCAAGAUAGAAUCCCCAGAGUACAGCCAGCCUAUUUGUUCAGCUGUUCAAAUUGCCUUGGUAGACCUACUGCGAGACUGGUCUAUCACACCUCGCGCGGUGAUCGGGCAUUCUAGUGGAGAGAUCGCGGCCUCAUAUGCGGCUGGAAUCACUACCCACGAGGAUGCAAUUAAGGUCGCAUAUUUCCGUGGGAUUUACUCCCUUCGCAUUGCAGAGGGCUCCCGACGAGGUGGCAUGCUGGCUGCAGGAAUCUCCGCCGAAGAGUCUCAGGAGUACUUGAAGGCAGUGCCAAAGGGAAGCGUGGUAACAGCAUGUCUCAACAGCCCAAAAAGUGUUACUCUCUCAGGGGACGUCGACCGAGUCACUGAGCUGGAGAAGCUUAUCUCCAAUGAAGGGAAAUUCGCCCGCAAGCUUCGCGUAUCGACUGCGUACCACUCGCCGCAUAUGGAGAGUGUUGCGAACGAAUGCCUGGCUGCCAUGGAUAGAUCAGGUUUUUCCAAGCCCCAGAAGUCUUCCAUAUUGAUGUUCUCAUCGGUGACGGGAGCUCUCAUGGACCCUCAAGCAGUGGAUACCUCCUACUGGAUUCGCAACAUGUGCCAGUCGGUCCUGUUCUCUCCGGCUCUGGGUGCACUUCUCACAUACUCGCCCAAUCGACGAAGCACUCGUCGCUUGCCGUGCAAGUGGAAUUCUGUACUAGAGAUUGGCCCACAUUCUGCUCUGAAAGCGCCCAUCGUUCAGACUAUGGAAGGAGUCGGGAACAACCUUCCUGCAGAUUUUCCCUAUCUCUCCAUGCUCAUACGAAAGGAGGGUGCAAUUGACGCGGCACUCAAGGCAGCUGGAGGACUGUGGGCACUUGGAAAUCCCCUCUCACUAAAGCGAGUGAACCGGGAGGAGGGCGACGCUGACCCUCAGACCUUGGUAGACCUUCCUCCAUACCCCUGGAACCAUGAGAACCGCUAUUGGCAUGAAGCGAGCAACACAAGAUCCGAACGGCUUAAAAGUCAACCUCGGUCGGACCUUCUAGGCGUCCCUGUCCCUAAUCAGAACCCCUUUGAGCCGGAAUGGAAAAAUUAUCUGCGUCUGCGGGAAAAUCCUUGGAUUUCUGACCACGCCAUCACCGGAACGACAUUGUAUCCCGGAGCUGGAAUGCUGAUUAUGGUCCUGGAAGCGGCACAGCAGAUCGGUCCCAAAGGAACAAAAAUUGAAGGAAUUGAAUUCAUAGACGUUCAUUUUGAGCGUGGCCUAGUCGUCCCGAGCGAGGGCGACGUGGAGACACGCCUCAGCGUCACUUUGUCCAAUGGUAAUGAUGAGAGGCACAGCUUUGCCAUCUUCUCGAUCACGGGAAAUUCUAGCUGGACAAAGCAUUGCUAUGGCUACUUUAGUAUCCAGAAGGGCUGCGAUGACUUCCAGCCCGAAUCAGCUACGCUGGACUGGGAGCGACGCCUCGGUCAGCUUCAUGCUGUCAAGAAGGACGCACGGCAGAUGGUCAAGAUCGACAAAUUCUAUCAAGAUCUCCAUAAUGUGGGUAUGGAAUAUGGUGAUACCUUCCGCAACCUGGACUCUUUGACGGCCACUCUGGAUGGAACUCAAUGCUACGGCACUGUGAAAAUCCCUGAUACCAAGUCCGUGAUGCCAUUUGAAUUCGAGUACCCGCAUAUCAUCCACCCUGCUACAUUGGACGCGAUCUUCCAUUUGAUGGUCCAUGUCGUGUCGGAUGGUGGAACGUGGACGGACGCAGCCGUACCCUAUAGACUGCAACGGUUGUUCAUUGCGAACGACCAACCCCAUAAUGCUGGCGCUCUAUUUUCGGGAUACGCCAGUCGUCGGAAUAAGGCUGACAACGGCCUCUUGGCUGCAGAUCUAGUUGUGUCAGAUGAAUCUUGGCAGGCACCCAAGAUCAUUGUGGAUGGAUUACUGAUGAAAAAGGUCACUGCUGCUGAGUCAAGCUCUAGUGGCGCUGGUGGCAAUGAAAUUCCCAAGAGAUGCACUGUUUUGGCGUGGGAGCUAGACCCCGCCAGUUUCGUUCACUCUCGCGACUCCUCUUCUCUCUCCCUUGAGAACGUCAAUAAAUUGCAGGACUGGCUACAUAUCGAAUGCCACAAAACACCGGGGCUGACAGUAUUAAUUGAUGGCAACGCGCUGGAGUCAAUACUGGCGGAAGAGCUGUUUCCUUUCAUCUCCGGGACCUCUCCCUACGGCGCUCUAUCACAGCUUACCAUCACUGGAUCCAACGAAGAGAUCUUGGAUUCCUGGCGCACUGCCAUUGCGGAUGUUGAUUCUGAUGCCCAGGUCACAUUCCAGGUUAGCGAAAAAGCAUCUGGGUAUCCCCUCGGCGAUGUCAAAUUCCAGUUAAUCAUCACCGCAUCAAAUGGACACUCGGCGGAGUCAUCCGCUGCAUCUUGGGUUCCUCGGCUCCAGAAAGCAGGUCGACUGCUUAUAUUGUCGCAAGGCUCGAAGCAUAUCAUUGAAGACUGGGACCAUAGAUAUCAUCGCCGUGCCGCGAGCACCACGACUGGGUUCCUUCGCGUCCUGGAAAAUGAACUGCCACAGGUCACCAUCACACAAGUGGAUCUGACAACCGAUUUGAACUUGUCCAAGGCCGAGGCAAUCCUGAACCUCUGGAUUCCUAUUUCGCUGGAUGAAGCCGACUCCGAUCUGGAGUAUGCUGAGUUCAAAGGAGAAUUCUAUAUUCCCCGCACGGUACCUGCGCCAUCGUUCGACUCGGAGAUUGCGUUGGCGACAGGAGCUGCCCAUGCUGAACCCACAUUAAUUGGGGACGCGGGCCACCUCCAGCUGUCAAAAGAUGAAGGUGCUGCUCUUGUAUGGAACUUUGUGCCCGAGCUACAGCACAAGGUCUCGCCAGAAGAGGUGGACAUUAAGGUGACCAACAUUUCUACCACUGUUGGUCCUUCUUCUACUCUCUCCUCCCCGCAGGCGCUCUGGACUCACACGACUGGCGUUGUUUAUGCGUGUGGCUCGAGUGUUACCGAGUUGUCUCCGGGAGAUCAUGUCGUGCUUCUGGGACCAUCAAGCUGCCGGAAUAAUCUGCGGGUGCAUUGGUCCAAGGCCCACAAAGUUCCCGUGGGAGUUGCCCUUGAUGCAUCAACAACUAUGUGGCUCUAUGCGCUGGCUCUAUACAUUCUCGAGCAUGUCGUCCGUCUUCAAGGCGGUGAGAGCAUCCUUGUUUGCGAUGGCUUGACCCCUCUCUCUCAAGCCUUGCUUUCGCUAUCCCGCACAACCGGCGCAAAUAUCUUCACUACGGUGUCGAGCCAAGCCGACAAGAAGACCGUUCAAAGCCUGGGAAUCGAUGCAAUCAUUGCCCCGGCGCACCUCCUCAGCAAGGGCCCAUCGGCCUUUAUGGCAGACUUCGGGCGAAUUGCGACGAUUAUCGGAAGAGAAGAUGAUUACGGACUGCCGCGCAGUCUGGGAAGAAGGAAUCUGACCUACUCGUUGGUGCAGCCGGCACAGAUCCUGGAAGAGCACCCGGAGACCGUUACGCGAUUGUUGAGAAAACGUGCCAGUCUGUUGAAUGCUGUUUUACCUGCCUCCAAGUUUGCCCCUAUCCUCCAGGUAUCCUCUGUAUCCCAGCUCCCUGACGCCGCAGAGCGAUGCGUCAGCUCAAAGGAGGAUGGUAUUGUGUCUAUUGCUUUUGCUGAUGAUGCGUUGGUGCCCGUUCUCCCUCUUAAGCCACAGACACUACAACUCCCUGCGGAUGGCACCUAUGUGCUAGCGGGAGGGUUGGGCUCGCUGGGCCUUAGAGUCGCUAAGUUGAUGGCCCAGCAUGGAGCCCGCCAUAUCGUACUCCUAUCCCGCUCUCGAAACAAUCCCAAGUGGGAUGGGGAGAUCGCGGGUGUGGAAUCGAUUGGAGCGUCGGUAGAGGUGCUCAAGUGUGACGUCACCAAGGAAGAUGAGGUGGGAGACGCAAUCAACUCGUUAUACCUGGUCGGCAGAAGGAUCCGUGGCGUGGUGCAGUGUGCCAUGGUCUUGAAGGACAGUAUAUUCAGCAAGAUGACCCACGACCAGUGGCAGAAGGCAUUCAACCCGAAAGUAGCAGGGACAUGGCAUCUUCACAACUUACUUCCCACCAACCUUGACUUCUUCAUUCUCCUGUCAUCGGUCGUCUCGGUCAUUGGCAACGUCUCACAAGCCAACUAUUCUGCCGGAAACGCCUGGAUGGACGCAUUUGCCCACUAUCGCCGAAGUCUAGGCAAAGCUGCCGUGUCUUUGAACGUAGGUUUAGUGCGGGACUCAGACCACACAAUUGACGGAACAAACAUGGAUUCGUACCUCGAUCGUUUUGGUCACAUGGCCAGUGUCAGUACGACACUGGAUGAAUUGGAUAUUGGGCUGUUGGCCUGUAUGCGCGGUCACACGGCGGAUGGGUCCCCCAUCCCUCCGCAGGUAGUGUACGGCAUGACGGAUGUGCUGCGUCGCGAGGGGCCGCUCGUGGACCAGUGGACUCGCGACCGUAAGUUCGAUCAUCGCGUUACCAGACUCAAUGUCUCCAAGGGGGCAGCCACCGGUGACGGAGGGCCUGGAGCUGAUGUGAGGGCAGCCCUAAGCAACGCAAAAUCGGGAUCAGAAGCAGGCCAAGUGGUGGUUGAUGCAUUCAAGAGGCUCCUGGCUCCUGGAUUGGGAGUGCAGCCGACCGAUAUUGGCGAUGAUAGACCGAUGUUUGAGCUAGGAGGUGAGUUCCAUCCCAGCUAUGAUAUACUAGCGACGAGAAACCUAACCCAUUCCGCACCCUCAGUGGACUCGUUUAAAGCGGUGGAAGUCCGCAAUCAUGUCUUCCGGGAAUUAAAGAGCGAGAUAUCAGUCUUUGAGAUCCUCAGCUCCAAGCCAUUGGAAGAGUUAUCCAUCCUUAUCGCCAUGAGAAGUCAGCUGGUGACGGCCGAGGCGAAAGCAACAUAG